GGGCGGGGCAGCACAGAGCAAGCGAGAACAGAGGCCAGACAAACGGUACAUUUCCAUACCCACGAUCUUGUUUACGUUAAUAAAUACUCAACAAGCAGUGCGUCGCGCUGAAUAAUACUGGUUUCUCGCGGUGAGAAACGCAUUGUGAACACCGUAUAGAGGAGCGCUGCACGAGGGAUUGCCCAUCUGCAGCGUGCGAGGAGAGGUUCGGAAACGCUUGAGGAAAGAAGGCCUCCCCUCAGCGAUCUUAGACCUGCGGGGAAAAGUGAAGAGCGCCGCCUGACGACCGCCGUACAGCGGGGUGGCUCGCUUAGGAGACAGCGGUGCGCUGCAUAAGCUCUGGCAAAAUCUGAAGAGCGCCACCAACUGCUCGCCACAAGGUUGUUUUUAUAUCUGGCAUGAGAAUAUAUACUGAACCCAGUGGCUGUGACUCAUCAUAACCCGAGCAAAAGUCUUCGCAUCUAAACAGCUUUAGAACUGUUCUGAAGUUACCAUGAGUGAGCAGGAGUAUGUGGACCAUCAGUACAUGUGCAGUGAGUGCCAGCAGCUUUUUAAUACGCUGGAGGAGGUGCUGGUACACCAACAGAUCCACACCGGAGCAGAAGGGGACGAGGUGGAGACCCUUCCGAGCUUGGAGGACUGUGAUGCUGGAGAGAGCCAGUAUCAGUGCCUGGAGUGUGGAGCCAUCCUCAGGAACCCUGACGAACUGCUGCUGCAUCAAGAGCUGCACAUGAGAGAGGCAGGCCAGGAGCUAUGUGAGGUCACAGAAGUGGAUUCUGUCGAUGCAGAAGUGCCAAUCCAGUACCAGUGUCUGGAAUGCCUGGCUCUCUUUGAGACACCUGAACUGUGGUUGGCACACAGACAGACACACAGCAGAAGCACCACCCACAGCAGCCUGAACACCGACACAGAAUAUGUUCUUCAGGAAGAUGGUACAGUCACUCCGGUUCAGUUGCUUAAUGUGCAAAAUCUAGUUCUGGAUGAACAGAGGGCAGGCCAGAUCCUGACCCUUGCCCAGGCUCUACGAGAGCAAGAAACCCCAUCUAAAACUGCAGGCACUCCUAGAACUAUGCUAGUGCCAGCAAACGCUUCCCUGCCCGGCUCCACCUCUGCGAUGCUCCGUCUACAGUUCUGCUCGGCCCAAGCCAUCGCUGACGGUUCUGCCUCAGCUACUCUCCGAAAAGCUAAACUCCUCGCCCCUCUCUUACCUACCGAUCCUAUCCGGCUGGACAACGUGACCACUUUAAACCUUCUCCCUUCCACUGGCCAGGUGAACACACUAAAGAAGGAAAAUGAGGAAAUUUUAAUUAUCCAUCCUUAUGAGUGUUCUGAGUGUAAUCUGCUGUUUAGCACACCUGAGGAUUUCCUUCAACACCAGGGGGAGCACUUCUUAGGCCAGGACAAAGAGAGUGGGGACACUGGGGUGAUGGUGGGGUAUGAGGACAGUUCUGGGGCUAAGGAAGAUGAAGGAAGAAGCGACGGAUCAGAAGAAUGCAGCAAAGUUGGCAAAGUUAGUGGUGGGAGACGUACGUACACUGCCCGCUCAGCUGCUUUGGGUUUGACGUCGUCUGUCUCGUCCGGCAAUCUUCAGUGUGAGGAGUGCAAUAGAACGUUCACCUCUGCCAAUCGGCUUGUGGCACACCUUCGUGUGCAUGAACAAGGAACACACGAGUGCCCAGAGUGUGAUAAAGUGUUUAAGAAGUUGGUGUCCCUUCAGACACACAUGCGCACACACUCUGGUGAGGCACGUUUUCUGUGUGUGGACUGUGGACAUGGUUUUACCACAGAGAUGACUCUUAUGAUACACAGGAAAUCCCAUACAUCUGAGCCACUGCACAAAUGCCCAUUUUGUGCCAAAACCUUCACCAACAUGACCAAGUUCUUGUACCAUCGCCGCACUCACCGAGUUCGUGAGCCGACCACUCCAGUCUCUCAGUUUGUACUGGCACAGCAGUCUCCUCUCUCUAUCAUCCAGAGAGCAAGAGAACGAGAGACUGCUUGCAGGAAAGAAAGACAGUUGGUGACAAUUCCUCCUGUGAAAGAUGACAGAAUAGAGUCAAGCGACACAGGUCCUGUGCUCAUUGAAGGUAUCGCUGUGAUCCAGUCAUCGGAGCCGACAGAGAACGGGCUUUAUGCCGAACACUCAAACACAGAGCAAGACCAAAAUGGAGGGAAAAUGCUGACAGAUGACCCAAACCAUUCAACUACUGCCUAUGAGGAAGGAGGAGGAGGGGGAGAAGAGGAAGGUAAACGCAGGACUCCUGCUUCUGAGGAAGAUCCAAAGUUUCCGUGCUCUAUCUGUAAAAAAAGAUUCUCCUCGCAGGUCCGUCUGUUGCGCCAUCGCCGAACGACUCAUAUGACUGAGAGGCGUUUUAAAUGCAACAUCUGUGGGAAACCGUUCAAAAAGCAAAUCCAUCUGCGAAACCACCUGCGCACACAUACGGGCGAGCGGCCGUUCCAGUGCAGCGUAUGCGGCAAGACCUUUUCCUCUCUUGCUAAUCUUUCCCGCCACGGACUCACACACACAGGAGUUCGUCCGUACCGGUGUGACAUUUGCCACAAAGCCUUCAGCCAGUCGUCUAAUCUACGUCAACACCGUCAGCAUCUUCACAGCAAUGCAACACCCUCACCCUGUCCAGACUGCUCUGCCACCUUUAUCCGUCCGGCUAAACUUGUAGCUCAUCGUUUUCUUCACCACCCAGGGUCGCCGGCACCUUACCCCUGCCCGCACUGUCCCGAGGGGUUCUUGCGCAAGCGGCAGCGAGACAUACACUGUCUGGAAGAGCAUCCCGACCUGACUCAGCCGCACUCCAUCUCCCAGGACACCCAGGUUAGAGGUCAGCAGGGUUCAACAGAUGACACCGAGCAACAAAGCGCUUCUUCGAUGACCAAACCCAAUCUGGAUUGCACUAUUUGCGGCAAGCGCUUAAACUCUCCUGCAAAUCUUCGCCUGCACCAGCUAAGUCACGGACUUGGGCCCGGCCGGCCACGAGGCUCCAGCUCCGCCCUUGGGAAGUCUCAUCCCUGUCCGGUGUGUGGAAAACUGUUCGUCUCAGCCUCAAGCGUUACGCUACACCAGAGAGUUCACACCGGCGAGCGCCCGUAUCCUUGUGCCAUCUGCGGAAAACGUUUCCGCCAGAACACGCACCUGCGGGAGCACCUCCGCACCCAUUCGGGUGAGCGUCCGUUCCGAUGCGAGUUCUGCGAGAAGGGCUUUGUGCAGAGCAUGCAUCUGGCAGAACAUCGGCGUACACACACUGGCGAGCGGCCGCAUGCCUGUGGUGAUUGUGGAAAGACAUUCAAAACCGUUUCGAACCUUAGGAACCAUCGGAAGACUCACGCUCGCUCCCAAAAGCAACAAGAGCCGGAGCACAGCGGAGAAGCAGUGCUCGCAGAAUCCAACUCAGAAACCGUUACUGUGGUGGAGGCGUCUGAGAUGGACAUGGCAACAGCAAUACCAUCUUUCUGCCAGCUUGGACAGCAGCAAGUCUUUCAGAUACAGACAUCUAACCUGACACAGACUCAGGGCACUCCCACUAUCAUGUGUAAUGAGUUUGGAGAGACUAUAGCCAUCAUUGAGACAAGCGGAGACCUGGCAGAGGCCAUCGAGCUGUACCACACUGCACUGGAGGGUGGCAUCAACAUGGAGGCCAUCACUGUGGACAACCUGCAGUUGUUGUGAGAGAACAGUGCCACAUUACAGAGACCAUCAUCUUGGAGAUUAAAAUGAGCUUAAGUGAUGUCAGAUGGGUCAGAACAAGCAUUGAGACAAAAAAGGACAAGUUGAAUUAGGCCGUCUAAGACAAGGUGUUGCAAAUUCAAGACAUUGUAUUGAUUUCCAUUGAAGUUCUUGAAUGUAUGAAUAAGUGUACCUCAAAAAGCCACUCUUAUAGAUCCAUUUGAAUAUUUUUCAGCCUUGUUUUGACUUUUUUGAGACAAAAAUAUGGCGGAUUUUAGAGGAUGCAAUUGAAGUCUGUGAUAAAAUUGCUCCUGUUUUGGGACUAGGAAUGGAAAGACUGGCUUGCUGAUGACACUCUUGUUCUGACCGAAGGCAUGAUGGCACAGAUUUAUGUUAGCUGAAAUGAUUCCUAGUUUACAUUCUGACCUGCAGUUCUUGCGAGUAGGUAGUCUAUGGGCAUUGAGCUGAAGAACAAAACAACAGUUAAAAGGGAAAACAAAACAUGACAGAUAUGCACCAUCACUGAUGGACAAACGGUUCCCCAUGCGUUACAUACGUCACAUUUUUGUCUGUACACUGAAUGUUUGUAGCUUUUUUUUUAAUGUUAUGAUGCUGAUUUGGAGAAGUCUUGCUAAUAAACUUAAACUGUUCGUCUCUGUCUCGCCUGUAAUUGCUUUGAGGAAGUGUAGAUAUAACAUAACUAGCCAGAAAUCAUGAUGUCACCUUAAAGGGAUAGUUUAAAAAACAGAACAUUCAGUCAUCAUUUCCUCUCAUGUUGUUUCAAAUCCGUAUGACUUUAUUCUGUGGAACAGGUAUAUGAUAUUUUUAAGAAUGUUUCGACUGUUUUGGUUCAUACAAUGAAAGUCCAAAACAACAUUGGAACACGCUGACUUUCAUUGAAUGAACAACAACAGACACAAUUUGAAAAUAACUGUGUUCCCCAGAUGAAAGAAAGUCAUACAGGUUGAACAAUGUGAGGGUAGGUAUAUUUACUUUUUUUGAGUGAACCUAGUUUUGAUGUUACGUGGAAUCUAUUGGUCUCUCCAUACUGUAAUUGGCUUUGUAGGUUGAUUAUCUGUACAGCACCAAAUACCCACACUGUAGCAUACUUGCAUAUGGACACAACUCAUCAUCCCUUUAGUCUUAAAAAUCAAAGUGAAGCAUCUAAUAGCUUGAUGAACUAUGAGCCUUCCAAAACUCAAAACUUCUUCCCCAGUCCAUUUUUUGUGUAGCAUAUAACAGAGAAGAGGCUGUUUAUUUGAACUUCUGUUUAAUUGUAUACUGAGAGAUACAGUUAAAAUGUAGAACUUAUCAGUAUAAAGUAUUUCUCUGAUAUGUAAAGCAGCAAAACAAGGUAACGCAUUAACAGUUUAUAACCCUAUUUCUUUAUUUAUCCUUUUGUUUUACAAUUUCAUUUCCUGUUACUGGCUUUGUUCCUUCCAAUGAUGCUUUUGCUCUUUAUUCUGAUGGUAGAGUCUUUGGACUCUUACGGUAUUUAUGUACAACAAAGACCAGCGUGCAGGGGAAGAUCACCGUUGAUGGCCUCCCAGUCCCACCUUACAGCCUUAAA